CAAGCGGCCAUACAGCAAUGCUAACCUCUUGACCGUGAUCGCAAAAAGAAUGCUACAAUGUCACCUCUUCCAGCGGUUAUGAAAGGCCUACAAUCUAAAGUAACCCACGCCAACACGGAUACAUCUGAAGCAGAAAACCAAGACACCGAAUCACUGGGAUUCAAUACUCUCUAUGAUCCAGAGCCUAAUAGCGCUGUAGCGGACCUCAUAUUUAUACACGGCCUUGGAGGACAUAGCAGAAAGACAUGGUCUAGUUCUAGCACUCUAAAGCCAUUUUGGCCACGAGAUUGGCUGCCGAAUGAAACUGGAUUUGAGAAUGUGCGCAUUCAUUCUUUUGGCUAUAAAGCUGAUUGGGGGGGAAAAUGGCAGCAGCAAAGCAUCCUAAAUAUUCACGAUUUUGCAGAGUCUCUAAUUGGAGGACUGAAAAACCACCCAGGCAUACGUCAAGAUAGCACAUAUAUCAUUCUCGUUGGCCAUAGUAUGGGCGGAUGUAUUGCUAAAGAGGCUUAUAUCAUCGCGCGACAGCAUCCGUCAUACAAAGAUUUGGCGGGGAGGAUAUAUGGUAUAUUCUUCCUUGGCACUCCCCACCAUGGGUCAGAUCUGGCAGGGGUCUUGGAAAACAUGUCGAUAGCCAUCUGGGGUAAAAAGCCUUUUGUGACAGACUUAAAGUCUGGAUCUUCAGCACUUGCUAUGAUCAGAGAUCGGUUCCGCCAUGUUGCGAUGGAUCUGGCUCUAUGGACUUUUUACGAGACACAGCCUACAGCUCUAGGGCCCAUAAGCAGAAUCGUGGUGGAGAAAUAUUCAGCAAUUUUAGGAUUCGAUAAUGAACGGAUCGAGGCAAUGAACGCUGACCAUCGCCACGUCUGCAAAUUUACCAGUCGCAAAGAUUCUAAUUAUAAAAUGCUACAAAACGCUCUUCACACUGCUAUUGAUGAGAUUAAAGAGAAGAGUUUGGAUAGGGCUUUCCUACAACUUGGUACAACAGAUGACAGGAAUAUUGAAACUGAUUCACGCUUGAAAUACUUUCUUAAGAUACCAGAUAUGCUAGAAGAGGAUCUUAUGAUACAAUCAGAGCUCAAAAUGCCCGAAUCUUGCGAGUGGUUCACAAAUAAGCCACAGUUCAUAUCCUGGAAGGCGGGCGAUGCUCCCACUAUUUUGUGGCUAACUGGGAGACCAGCAACUGGAAAAUCUAUUCUAGCCAGUCACGUUAUCGAUCAUUUAAACCAUCUGCCUGUCUGCUGCAGUUAUUUCUUCUUCAAGCAUUCGAUAUCUGAUAAAUCCACGCUAAGGGAUUGUUUUAGAUCCCUCGCCUUCCAGAUGGCAACUCAAGAUAAUCUGGUGAAAGAGAAAUUGAUCCAAUUUGAGCAUGAAGGAAUAGUCUGGGAUAAGGCUAGCGACGCACUUAUUUGGACAAAGCUUUUUGUUGAUAGGAUUUUCAAGCUACCAUUCGCAAGGCAACACUUCUGGGUAAUCGAUGCUCUCGAUGAAUGCGACAACUUCAAUGCACUCUUUACUAAGAAGCUCUUAACUAAGCUACCUCUUGAAGGAAAACUCCAAGUUUUUAUCACAAGUCGCAACUUAGAAGCAAUUGAACGUGGCCGAGCGUCUUUGGGGCCCCAAGUGAGUACUUAUUUUAUGUCAGAUUCUGAUACGAUAGACGAUAUUCGGCUAUUCCUGACCACUAAGCUCGAAGAACUUGAUCGCUUCGAGACCAAGGAUGAUUUGGAGGCCAUGUGUAAUAGGAUGCUCGAAAAGUCAUCGGGCUCUUUUCUUUGGGCCCGUCUUGUCUCACAAGAGUUUGAAAACGUCUGGACAGAAGAGGCCAUGGAAGCUAUCCUGAAGGAAAUACCAGGGGAACUAUAUGACCUUUAUGGAAAGAUGAUCCGGUCAAUCCAGAUGGAUAAGAGCAAAGCAAUUCUCGCUAAGACGAUAUUGACAUGGGUUGUUUUGGCACGCCGCCCUUUGUCAUUGGAAGAAUUGCGCUGUGUUGUAAAGUUAGAUCUCAACCAGACACUUCAGAGCGUGAAAAGGGCAAUUCCCGAAGUAUGUGGGCAGCUUGUUUACAUUGAUGCAGCGGAAAAGGCGCAUGUCAUACACGAAACAGCUCGUGAAUUUCUUCUCGAUCAGAAUAUAUGCCGCGAGCUGGCAAUAUAUAAGGAUCUCGGUCAUACCAGCAUUGCAUCUACUCUACUAAAAUUCCUAUCUGGAGGCUGCCUCAAGACACAACCAAUGAGAUUUCAACGCCCUUCAAAGCAAAAGCAAAAGAAUUCUGUUAGAACUCGCACUCUGUCAUCGCUUGACACAUCCCUGCUUGAUUACGCAGCCAUGUUCUUCUCGGAGCACGUAUAUCGUUGUACAUCAAAAGAAGAUGGUGUAAUGGACAUUUUGUGCACGUUCCUUGAUAACAGCAUUCUGUCAUGGAUCGAAUAUCUCGCUAAAGGUUGUAACUUAAGCCCUAUCAAUAGGGUUGCAAUGAACCUGCGAGAUUAUUUAGCCCGCCGAGCUAAGUAUGUUCCGCACACAGAUUUGUCAAUAAGCAUCGUCGCGGGAUGGGUGACAGACUUGAUUCGUGUAGCCUCCAAAACUUGGGAUGACUGCCUCAGCCGUAUUGACUUCCCAAAGGGUCAUACAACUGCUGUCAGCCAUGGUAACAGUAUUUUCGCCGUUGGGUUAUCUACAGGAAAGAUUUUUCUUUACAAUGCUGAGCCUAUUCAACCGCAGCUGACCAUGACUCAUCCCGAAAGGGUCAAGGCUCUCCAAUUCAGCGAACAUGAUGAUUAUCUCGCCUCUUGUGGCGUAAAAUAUAUGAUUAUAUGGAAGCCAAAAGCUGGCACGCAACUGUAUCAAUUCUCUUUACCUUCAUCACCUCUUGGCAUUACGUUCUUGGGCCUUGAAGAAAUUAUCUGCGCGUUCCAGUCCGGCAUUUGUGUGGCUUUUCUCGUUACCACUGAAGUUACCUUGCUCGCCGUUGGUUUUCGCAUGUAUCCAGUACUUAUAUGGGGCAUUGAUGAGCAGCAAAUAUUGGGCCAGUGUGUCAUUGACGCUAAUAAUGGCAUCGACUGCAUGGUAUUCAAUCCAAACCCGGAUAUUAUAGCACUGGUUGUAUCAUGCAACGAUGGUAGGCUGUGCAUUUUCGAUUACUUUACCAUGAAUUCAAUGUUUGUGAUGCACAAUGUAUAUGCACACAGCAUUGCUUGUUCGCCCGACGGGUACAGCCUGGUCACCGGGAGUAGCCAGGGCAUGAUCGAAAUUUUUGGCUUUGAUCAAGACAACGACGGCAACAUCAUCUUAGUGCCUAUUUAUCGUAUAGAUGGGCUGUAUGAUCCAAUCAAAAGUCUUGUAUUUAGUUUUAACGGACAGCGUUUCCUUGAUAUUCACGGCCAGCAGUGCCGUGCAUGGGAGCCGGCAGCCUUAGUCAGGAGAAAUGACGAGCUAGAAAGUACAAGCGACGCCGCAAAUCUCCCAAUACCAGUGGCGAGAACAAUGGAUAGCUCUGAAGAACCCGAAAUAACCAGUCUCUUGGAGAUAUCGGCCAAUGGCUGGUACGCUAUUGCAGGAAAUCAGCAUGGAGAAGUGCAUCUCUUUUCUGUUGCUGACGGAAGAAAAGUCGGCACACUGUACCGGCACGCAAAGGGUGUAUCAGUCACCAAGGUUACUCUCGGUGAGAGAAAAAAUUUAAUCGUUUCAGCGGAUGAGUCCGGCAGAGUGUUGAUCAGCGAGCCGCCCAUAUCGCUACGAGAAGCUGCAACAGUAGUACCAGGUCAAAAGAUGGCACCGGCUCGUACCAUCCUCGACCGCCGGUUUGGUGGCGCUGUCAUGCGAUUGCUAUUGAAUAGUGCAGCCGAUCGUCUUCUCGUCACAGGUCACAAUGUUAGUGAGCUUUGGGCAUUGCCGUCAGGAGAAGUGCUUGCUGUAAAACAAGAAUCACGCAUGGAUGGCAGUACAAAGGAUUCUCGCUUUUCAGAUGGCGGUGGACUGGCUACCACUUCUGCUUGCGCGGUCUUUCAGCAUCCCACCAACGAAGCUUGGUUUGUUACCGUAAGUGGCGAUAUUGCGCGUGUUUUUGGUUGGGCCAAUUACGAAGAACUGACCUCGCCUGAUGGCAUUCUUCUUCAACGGCCCAUAUCAUCCGAGAAGCCUGCAUCGCCCAGAGAGCUUAAAGUUUCUCCAAAAUCUGAGCGCUUCCCAUUGCAACCACUGAAGGCAGAUUAUUCUUUCGCUGCAGCAUCGUACCAUGUAGGGUGCGGAGUAGUGAUCGAAAGUUUACGGAAAAUAGGGACUGUGCCCCAACAGUUCUAUAUGUGGCCGGCGGCUGUAUUUGACCCCUCCUCGCCAAGAAUGUCGGAUUAUCCCGUCAUUGAACCUAGCUUCAGUGCCAUAAGCUCUCAUAUACGUUCAGUGAUUGGGUUUAUAGGUCCAUCAACUCUAGUAUUUCUGGAUACUAGUCUUUGGAUAUGCAGCAUCGAAAUACAGUCAACGCUUGGCAAGGGGGAUGGAAAUGUUGGCAGCAGUGGGUCGUCAUUGCCCGUCAUCAACGCUCGUCGCCACUUCUUUGCGCUUAGUGAAUGGUGUGACGCAGAAGGCGAAAUGAAAUGCUCACUGGUAGUAGUCCCAGGAAUGACUCUGCAGAGCAAUGGUCAUGGAGUUGUAUUUGUGAAUGGUCAUAGGCUUGUGACAGUAAAGGGCGGGUUCCAAUUUUCUGAGGAAAUGCUUGCUUAG